AUGGCAGUUCAUAGACAUUUAUACACCCUGAACUAGAUAAGACAUUAAUAAAUAAUCUUACUUCAAUGAUUGCAUUUUUGUAAUUUUUGAAAGAAAUAGCGUGCACCCUGUAAAAAUAAUAUAAGAAAUAAAUAAACAAAAUUUCAACAUGAUGUCGUCAUUCACAAUCAAUAUUUUUAAUUAUUCUACAUAUUUUUAUUUUUAAUACGUGCGUGAUAUAUUAAAACAUAUAUAUUAACAUUAUCAAUUCCGGUUAAAAAAAAGAAAAAAAUAAAUAAAUACAACACAAACACUUGACAGCUAUAAUAAUCAACAUUUAUUGCAGUCGUGUGAAGCGUGUGAAAUGAUAUACAUGGAGGAGGAAUUAAUAAAACUCGUACGGGAAAGUACCAUUUUAUGGGACUUAAAGCACAGAGACUAUAGAAAUCAGACUUCGAGAAAAGAAGCGUGGGACGCAAUUGGUGAAAAGUUGGGCAAAUCUGGAGAAUAUAGUAAGGAAACAUGGAACAAACUACGAAAUGCAUACACCAAUGCUUUGAAUCGAAGGAAAUCCCGACUAAGACAAGAAUCGUCUAGGAAAAUGCCAAAAUGGACAUUUGAAGAUCAAAUGGCAUUUCUCCCCUAUACAAAUGUUGGAAGACCAAGACAAUUUGAAAGACUUUCAAUUGAAGCCUCUGAAGACGAUACUCAAGAUCAGGAACAACAAUAUGAUAAUUCGAACGAUGAUAACAUUGAAGUCAAUGCCCCAAAACAUGUAGACGAACAAGAACAAGACAUCAAACCAUCUCUAUUUCAAAUUGGCAAUGAAGCCCUUUCAACUGAUCAAUCCGACAUCAAUGCAAGGCAUUUUGAGAAUUCGAGCUUUCAAGAAUUCGCCACACCCCCAACUACAACGCGGAGAGAAUCCAAAUUGCAAAAUUCAAAACUCAUAUCAACAAUGAAUGAAUUGGUUAGAACAAUGAAGAACCAAAAUCGGAUGAUGAUGUCACACAAUAUAUCGCGAAAAAGUUAUGGUAGUGGAAAUAGUAACAUAGUUAAUAAUUGUUCCUCGUCGUCGUCACAUGAUGAAGACGAAAUGUACUUUUUAAGUUUGGCUCGAUUUGUUAAAAAACUUAAGCCAGCCGAGCGUAUACGAGUCAAAGGAGAAGUAUCGCAAAUUAUUUUUCAAGCCGAAUUGCGCAGUCUUCCAAAAGAUGAACAAAACUAACAACAGAUGGAAUAAUUUGUUUUGAAAUCACACAACUAUACUAAUUUUGAGGAGUGAUAUAUUUUUGAAACUAAAUUUGGAUUUUAAAUCUUAUUUAUAUUUACAUGUACAUAUGUAUGUAAAUUAAUUAAAAUAAAAGAUAUUUAAUACAUGCAA